AUGAGGCCCUCGGGGCACCCCCCUGCCGGGCCCGGAGAGGGGGCACCGGGGGGGUUUGGCGCAGGGCCGGUCCCCGAGCCCUACGACAGCUUCAUGCGCAGCCACCUGCGCUUCUACGGCUACUUCCGAGCCCCAGGGGUGCUGGAGCCGGCCUCCCACCGCGUCACGCCGGUCCCCUCGGGGCGGCACCGCGGGUCCCUGGGGGGGCCACAGGCUCUCUUUGCCCUCCCCUCGGCGGGGAGACCCCCCCCAGCUCCCCGCUGGCCCGUCGAGUGCGAAGUCAUCAAGGAGCCCAUCGAGCACAUCGAGUGGGUCCCCCCUGAACCGGAGCCCUUCUGCCAGCCCACGGGCCACGACUGGCCCCCGGCCACCCUCAGCGAGGAGCAGGGCACCGUCGUCUACCACCUCAGCCCAGCCUUGGAGGGUCCCCAGGACACCACGCUGCUCUUCGAAUCCCGCUUCGAGAGCGGCAACCUCCAGAAAGCCGUCAAGGUGGGCCCCUACGAGUACGUGCUGAGGCUGCGGCCGGACCUCUACACCGCCAAACACACCCAGUGGUUCUACUUCCGCGUCCAAAACACCCGCAAGGACCCCCUCUACCGCUUCACCAUCGCCAACCUGGCCAAGCCCAAGAGCCUCUACGGCCAGGGGCUGCGGCCCCUGCUCUACUCCCAGCGGGACGCCCAGAGCCGCGGUGUGGGCUGGCGCCGGGUGGGGACCCACGUCCGCUACUACCGGGGUGCGGAGGAAAAGGAGGAGGAACCGGCCACCUUCCGCCUCUCCUGGACGGUGCGGUUCCCCCACGACAGCGACACUUGUUUCUUCGCCCACUCCUACCCCUACACCUACUCCGACCUGCAGCGGUACCUGGCGGGGCUGGCGGGCGACCCUGCCUGCUCGCGGUACUGCGCGGUGCGGGCGCUGUGCCGCAGCCUGGCCGGUAACACCGUCUACCUGCUGACCAUCACCAGCCCCGCCGGCACGGGGGCGGCCAAGCGGGCGGUGGUGCUGAGCGCCCGCGCCCACCCCGGGGAGAGCGGAGGGUCCUGGGCCAUGAGGGGGUUCCUGGAUUUCCUCCUCGGCCCCCACCCCGACGCCCGGCUGCUGCGCCGCCUCUUCGUCUUCAAGGUGGUGCCCAUGCUCAACCCCGACGGGGUGGUGGUGGGCAACUCCCGCUGCUCCCUGGCGGGACGCGACCCCAACAGGGCCUACGGGACGGCGCUGCCGGGCUCCUUCCCCGGCGUGUGGCACCUGCGGGCCAUGGUGGAGAGGGUGCUGGCAGAGAGGGAGGUGGUGCUGUACUGCGACUUCCACGGGCACAGCCGGAAGAACAAUGUCUUCAUGUACGGCUGCGACGGCGGCGCCGGGCUGCGGCUGCUCCAGCGCGUCUUCCCCCUGAUGCUGAGCAAAAACGCCCCCGACAAGUUCUCCUUCCCCAGCUGCAAGUUCAAGGUGCAGAAGAGCAAAGCAGGGACGGGCAGGGUCGUCAUGUGGCGCAUGGGCAUCUCCAACAGCUACACCAUGGAGGUGGCCUUCGGCGGCUCCACGCUGGGCGGCAGGAACUCACACUUCACCCUGGAGGAUCUCAAGGCGCUGGGCUACCACCUCUGCGACACCCUGCUCGACUUCUGCGACCCCCAUCCCGCCAAGCUCCAGCAGUGCCUGUCGGAGGUGGAAGCACUGCUGCGGCAGCGGCUGGGCCGGGAGCCGGGCUCCAGAUGGAGCGACGUCUCCACCUCGGAGCUGGAGUCCAGCACCAGCGGUUCCGACAGCUCCGUGUCCGACGGGCCCCCCGCUCCCCUCCACGGCACGGCCCGGCCGGUGAGUCACCAAGUGCCACUGCUUUUGGGGUGGGAGGGAUGAAACACUGGGAAGAGGUGAGGUGUCGCGGGGCGCAGACACCCCAGAAUCGCUUUGCCAUUGGCGCAGCCGGAGCAACG